UACACGGGCUGCACGGUGAGUUAAUUUGUGGCCAGUAGUUGGCAUUUUCGACUCAAAGUUAGCUGUCUUAUAUCUUCUUCUGACCGUCCAAUCACUCAUAGUCACUUCUCGCGUUUCUCUGAGAUCUUCUUUUUCUGAAAAGCUUAAGGUAAUGACGGUAUUCUAGCAGUUCUAAUACAAGCACAUACAUGUCUUCCAACUGAAAUGCUUAAUCCAUUUCUCAAUAAAAUCAGGAUUGAUUAGAGAAUUCCAGGAAACUAGAAUGAAGAGUUAAUUGAACUAGCAAAAAAAUGAACUUAUUGUGAGAGCUGACGAUCCAUCACGUUACUGAAUAAGAAGAAGAGAACCUCUGAACGUUAAAAUCUGCAAAAACUAAGCUGGAUUCAAAAGAGGGAACUAUUGCAUUGACCAUAUUCUGUCAUUGAGAAUAAUAUUGGAGCAAACAAAAGCGCAAAAUACAGAUACCAGGUUAAAUUUCAUAGAUUUCGAAACAGUAUUAGACUCGAUGAAUAUAAGAGUAAUGUAGAGAAUUUUAAAACCGUCGGAUAUCAGAUAAGAACACCAAAAGUUUUUUAUAACAAUUGUGAUAAUUGAGAGUAAUGUACAAGAGUAUAAAAGGUCAGAUAUUAACCUAAAUCUAUUUUAAAAUCUGAAGAAUAGGAAUCACAUGCAAGAGAAAACAAAUUUAACUCGAGUUGGAUUUAACGAGUUGGACAAAACAUCAACAGCAAAAAAAACACAGAUAUGACACAGUAAACCGAUCCCGAAAGAUCCUUACACCUAGGAAGAAUAGAAAUAAAGCAAGUCGAAGAAUUUUGGGCCUGGCGUAAAACGCUUUCAAGUUACUUAUAAAAUGUUGUUCAACAAGUAAUUCGAGAACAACAAACAAUUAAGACUAUUCGUUGCGUGGGGCCGAAACUUGGAAAAUAAGAAUAAUUCAAUCGAUUAUCGUACAUAAAUUUAACCAAGUAAGCGUUAAAUUAUACCUGUACGAACAUGGUUAAGAACUAUCGAGAAAGAACUACAACAGAUAAACUCAAGAGGCUACAGAAAUAGAUAAAACAAGAAAGAAAUGGAGAGUUUUUGUUAAUAAAAUUGGACAGAACCCAAAAAACUCUACACAUGAGGAUAGCGGCCUCAUUGUUUUACCACUGCUUCUGAAACACGUGCCGUUCGCUCCACUAUAUCCCCGUAUAAAGUCUGUCAAUAAUCUAAUCAAAGAAUUUUACCACAAUCUAAUAAUCUAUUAUUCUAAUGUAGAGGUAUUUGUUGCAUCUUACAUUUUUGUUUAGUUUUAACUAUUUGCGAGACUACUUCAUCCCUGUAUUACCCUACUCCAAAUCACUCGACGUGAUACUUUACCCCCACGCAACCCCGCAUUUCGUCGUUCAUUCAAAACGCCUACGCGACGCUGUGACGUCACUCUGGUAGACGGCGCCAUCCACUAUUCGCAGUAACCGAAAUAAGCGCCGUCGUAACACAACCCUCGAAUCGUAGUCGAAUUCGCCGCGACGCCAACGCUAGACGAUCUACGAUUGUACGGAGAAUUUUCUAGUCUCUGUUACUGCGCAAUGUUUCAUCGAGUGAAGCCACCGAUAAAUUUAUUUUAAUAGUUUAGGUAAUAUUUAACCGCGAUACGAAUAUCGUUGUUUCAAUUAACAAGUGGUUAUUCGGUUCAAAUAAUAUUUGCACCAGUUGAUGCAAUUAUUAAAGUUAUUUUGAAAAAUAUUAGUAUAACUAAAACAAUAAUUGUUAUAGCAACAAGAAAACAAUUCUAGUUAUUAAUAUAUCUACGUUUUAAAUGUGAAUAGUUUAAGUGAGUAACGUGGAAUUUGUUGUAGAAAAAAACUAUAUAGAUAUUAUAAAAAAAAAAACGAAAACAAAAGUUUUUGUGUUAAUAUAAUAUAAUAUACAUAAAUAGCGAUUGUUAAUAAUAAUAGUUUUAAGGAAGUGUUGAUAGCUGUAGCGAACAGUGUAGUGGAAAAUUUCAUUUUAAAUACUAGAAAAACUAAAAAAUGUUAAUUAAGAGAAAUCUAUUAUAGUAACAGACAGUAAAAUAUCUGUAUAAGUGAACAUUCUUGUGACGCUUUAUCUGCAUACUUAACUAUAAUAUUUAAAAUGUGUUUUUAACUAUUUCGUAAAAAUGAGUUGUGAUAGUGAGUCCACAAGUAGCUACGAGGAUUCUUACGAAGAAUUUUGGAAGGAAACGUGUGGAAUCGAUGAUGAUUCAGACGACGACGAACUUGGCGCAAUGAAAGACCUAACCAUCAAUGAUUACGUCAACACCACUGUCAAUACAAAACAAACCGAUUUGGAAUCUCAACAGCGACUGGCCGUGCUCAGUUUCGAACAAGUUAAUAGGCUCAACGAAGUCAUGGAUGAACUCGUCUGUAUCCAUGGAAGAGGAAACUUUCCUACGCUGGAGAUCCGCCUCAAAGACCUCGUGAAUGUUGUGAGGGAAAAACUUGAGGCUGAUACCACUGUCGGGGGAGCGGGUAUGAAAGUUAAGGACAUCCGCUUGAACGGUGGUGCCGCUUCCCAUGUCCUCGCCACCGAGAGCCAACCAUAUAACGACCUGGAUCUCAUAUUUGGAGUGGAAUUAUCAAGUAUGCGAAAUUUCGAUAGAAUUAAAAGUGCCGUUCUCAGCUCAUUAUAUGAGAUGUUACCAGAAGGAGUAAAUAGAAAACGUAUAUCUACUUGCAGUUUGAAAGAAGCUUAUGUCAGCAAAAUGGUGAAGGUAAACCAAAACACUGGAGGCGACAGAUGGUCGUUGAUAUCUUUGGGUAACUCUCGCGGUCGUGGUGUUGAACUAAAAUUCGUCGAUUGUAUGCGACGGCAAUUCGAAUUCUCAGUGGAUUCCUUCCAAAUUAUUCUAGAUUCUUUGCUGUUGUUCUACAAAUGCAGUGAAUUGCCGAUCAGUGAGAACUUUUACCCGACUGUUGUGGGAGAAUCCGUAUACGGCGAUUUUCAAGAAGCUUUGUAUCAUCUUCAAAAGAAACUCAUUUCCACCAGACAUCCAGAAGAAAUACGAGGUGGGGGAUUGUUGAAAUAUUGUAAUUUGUUGGUGAAAAACUACAAACCUGCUAGACCGGAUUAUAUCAAGAGUUUACAGAGGUACAUGUGCUCAAGGUUUUUCAUAGAUUUCUCCGACAUCGCUCAGCAAAAAGCCAAGCUAGAAAACUAUCUAUGGAACCACUUUGUUGAACCCGAUGAAGAAGCCCUUCGUCAUCAAUACCUGAUGCUUCUACACGACGUCGUCGAAGAAUCUACAGUCUGCCUAAUGGGACACGAAAGGCGUCAAACUCUUCAACUUAUCAAAAGCUUAGCUUGGCAAGUACUUUACCAAGACCAACAACGUAUGAUGACCCAACAACCACCGCCGCCACUCGUAUUUGCUAACGGUAUUGUUUAUGCUCCAAUCAUCCAGACCAAUUGCUAUUGCACGUGCAAUACCGCAUGGAUGCCACAGUGCUGCUCGUGAUGCGUCGAUAACGAUUGGUAAAUACGCGUGAGUGACUUUUUGAAACUUUACAUAUUGGACACACCUCGUAUGUGAACUUCAGUGACAUAUAUAUAUAGUAGUUUUGAAACCAUUCCAAAUUUAAUAGGCCGGUCCUUUCAACAAAAAUAAUUGACAACAUAGUUUUGUAGAAAUAUCUCAAUAUAUAGUAACUUUUACGAUAAUAGAAUAUGUGGCUAACUAAAUUGAAUCAUCCAUUAAAACAAUGUACAGGGGGUUAAAGUGAAAGCAAAUAAAUUAAUUCUAUAAUUAAAAGUCGAAAAAUAUUUUCGUUUCUUCAUUUUCAUUCAUAUCGGUCUUGAAAAAGGUGGAAACUUACUUAUUUAUACAUAACUAACUUUAUGGAUGUAUAAACUUAUGUUAGGCCAAAUAACGUUUGCCUCUUCUUGCCACUUCUUCUUCAAAAAAAAAAGCUAAAAAAUUGUUUUUGGCAACUUUCAUUCCUUUAUUAGCCAAAGCUUGAUAUUUAAAAGUUUUUAGGUAGAAUUAUUACUAAAAUCUAAAAGUUUUUGAAACCAGUGUGUUACUUUAGGCUAGUUUAUUCUACACGAAAUUAUGGUACUUCAUUUAUAAGAUCUAAUAAAUUAGUUUCUUAUACAAGAAAAAAAUAUUAUAAACAUCAAUCUUUAAACUUCAGAUAUUUAAUUGAAUUCAAAUUGUAUAACAUAUAAACGCGGAAUUUAAUUUCAUGCCUUUUAAUAUUAAACUCAGCCUUUCAUAAAUUAAUAGUGAAUUGAUUAUCCUUGAAUAAGUUUUUACAAUAUUUGCGUUUUCUAAGCAUAUAUACGAUAAUUUAUUUGUGCCUUUAAAACCUUGUGAUUGUUGCUAAUUAGACUCUAUUUUAUUAUGAAAUAUAAAUUGUCGUAGUUUAUGGACCGGGCUAUUUUGUCGAAAAGAAAAAAUGUGCAGGGCUAUCUUAAGAGAUUUUUUGCACUUUACAUGGAGUGAUAUAACUUUAUUCAUAUAGUGUAAGAGAAUUGGAUUGCUUGGAUUUUUAUUGAAAACUUGUAUACGCUGAGCUGAUAAACACAAUUUAAAUAUUCAUAAAUGUCGUGUGUUUAUUUAACUUUUCUCGGUUAUAGCGUUCUAAUUAUAUGGAUAAUUAUUUACCUUUAUAAUCAAUAUAUGAUAUCAUUUAAAUGAAAAACUAUAUCGGGCCAAUUUUUUAAAAAUUACUCGGACCCAAUAAGCAUUAAGCAUUUUGUGAUAUAGUAUCAACGAGCAAAAGGUGGUCUUUUUAAAAAAUUUGCCUGGUGUACAAAAAAAAAUUUAAAUAUUCAAAAAAAAACUGUUUAUAUAUGCGGGAUUAUAUACAUAUAUUUUCAUUUUGUAUUAUAAAAGCUUAUUUUGACUCAUAUUGAGUUUUUCUUAUAUUUGAAUAAGUGCCACUGUGGAAAAAUAAUUUUCUAAAGUGCGGAACAAAAAAUCAAUGUCCGUAUACCACAUUUUUCUAUAUUAUUUCAUAAAAAAUAGUUUGCUGUUUAAAAUAUUUUAAAGUUGGGAAGAGAUGUUGAAAUAUUUAAAAUUCUACUUAAAUGUUAUUUUGUGAUGUGGGGGUUGAAACACUAAAGGUAAAUGAUUCAUAUUUUUCCAAAGCUUCAUUUUCAAAUAAUAAGGGCCUAAUCAAAACUCUACGAGGUCAUGUUUCCAAAUUUUUGUUUAUUAAAUAUAAAUUAAAAAAUAGUUGCGAUAAAAAAUUUAUUAUUUCAAUAUUUUAUGAAUAUUGCGAAUGAAAUAUCACUGGUCGACAGUGAUUUUGUUGCCCUUGAUAUAAGAUUUCACAUUUUUUAAUCUUUAUUUUCAUUUUUACGUUGAAUACAUAAAAAAAUUAAAUAAAAUAACAGAUAUGUUUAUAAUGUCACUUUUGUUUUGAAAAAUUAGGAUAAAUCGAAGUGAAUAGAGGACACAAUUUAGAAAAUAUAUUCCAAUAAAACGCCUUAUUAGCUUUUCUUCCAUAAUUUAUUGAAUGAUAAUCUCUUUUUAAAGACCAGUAGUAAUCUACCAUUACGUGACCAUCUCACCUUUCCCGAUUUCUUUCAUCCAUCAAUUUUAAAUCAUGUUGCAAUAUUCUCUUGUGUUCUUAAAGGACUGACAUGAUGCAAUACAACGUGCAGUACAAUGCAAAAGGCAAUAUUUCUUGAUCAAAAGUAUGCGCAAAUGAAGUUCAGCUCAUGCAAGAUCUCGCUCUUGCAACAUUAUCGGUUUUGUGCCUUUUUUAUUGCGUGCAAGUUGCAAUUCUAGAGAAAAAUAAGUUUCUAUUUGGCUGAUAUCACAUAUCCCGCUAAUGAUUUCUUAGUUAUCUUAUAUUUCAUUUUCAUUAAGAGUUUUUUAAUUGUUUCCUCAUCUAUUCUCGAAUAAUUUUUGUACGGUUUGUCAUAUGAUUCCAGUGCUUGUCCCAACAUCGCUUAGGUGAUAUUUCUGUCCAUGAGACUGAAAAAGCAAGGCAGCCGCAGAUAUAAUUACUGCGUGUGAUGCACUUUUUCUUAUUCACUUUACUUAGCAUUGUUAUUUUCAUUUUUAAACCGAUCACCGAUCGGAUUCACUUAAUAUUCGUAUAUUCACUUAGAUGAGGACCUCAUUCUGACCGACAUUAAGGCGAUCGUUGUAUUGAACAACAGUAGCCGUUUCCCUUGUCAUGAAAAAAGAAAAAAUUAUUACUUGGAACUACAAAAAUAAUAUGUACUAUUCUUCUUAAUAGUCCGUUGAUCCAAUAGAAAAGGUGUUUCACUGUUAUCUAUUAGAUAUAUUGAAGCCGUAUACAAAAUAUAGUGGAUAACUCGCAUGAAAUGCUGAUUUCCCAUUCAUAUGAUUUGUAGCAAGAGCCUACUGCAAACUUCAUACUCGUGGGAAUAUAAUUCCUUGCUCGUUUUGAUAUAGUGAAUUACUUAUAUAAUUUUGAUUAGUGGCAAUUAUGACGCGUUGGCAAAGAACUUGCAUAAUGUCAAGUGACGCGGAAUAUUCGUCCAUUGCAUUGAUCUUGCAAGAAAUUGCAUGCAAUCUAUUGCACAUUGCCUUUUCCAAGGGACCCUAGCUAUAAUUUCUUAAAUUAGCCGAUUGCGGAGUUAACCAAUAUUUGCUCACCAUUUUCGACUAAAAACACACAACUUUCAAAACAUUGAUAUGAAAAAUUCUCUAUCUUCCAAUUGCCGUAUUAGAGGCCAAUCAAAUAUUCUACCUAGCAAAGUCUAAUCUACAACUGUAAAGGCUCAACACAAACUUUAUUGAACCCUUAUUUGCUCAUUUUAAAACUGACAUAUACUGCUUCACAAAGUCUGUGAUACUUCAUUUUAUUUUGUUAAUCAAACAGCACAAAUAUAACAAAAUAAAUUAUUACUAUAUUUACACUUUCUUCAUGACAAGAUAAAUAUAUUAGAAGGAUAUUUGCAUAUAACAUCUUAUCCACUUUACGUUCUAGUACAUCAAUAUUGUCAAAUAACAGAGACAUCAGCUGUUCUGUAAGGUAGAGUCUGAGAGAGUGGAGCACGUGAUGUCCCCUCAUACCAUGUAUGUAAUUUUUUAUGAAAAUUGAUAGUUCAAAACUGUAGGAAUUGGAAACACGAGGUUUGCGUGGAUAUGCGAAGCCGGAAAAAUGUUUUAAAAAAUGAAUUAUUGAAAAAAUCGAUGAAUGUUUAUCUCUCAUGGUUUGCCUAAAGUGUAUUCGAUAGAAAAUUUCAUUCUCUUUCAGAAAAAAUUUUCUCAAACCAUUUUUUUUUGGCCGGAAGAGUCAGGCAAGAUUUUUUUAAAAGUGUGUGAUGGAGGAAAUUGGAUUGCGUAAAUUUUUUCUAAAAGAGAAUGAAAUUUUCUUUCGAAUAAAACAUUUUUCCGGCUUCGCAAAUCCACACAAACCUCGCGUUUUUAUUUCCUGUAAUUUUGUACCACUAAUUUUCAUAAAAAAAUUACAUACACGGUAUAAAGGGACUUUUUAGAUUGACAACUCCUGGACUAGUACUUUCAUGAAUACGUUCCCAAUAUGGGUACUUGUAAAUAUAUCCAGGGCAACAAACAAAAUGUUUCUGUAGAGUUGUGUAAUUAUUCCUUCUCCUGCUACAGGACUAAAACAAAAAAAUAAUUACUAUAAAAUUAUCGAAAUUUUGAUAUAAAGCUUAUACCAAGUAAGAUUGUAAAUGAGCAUUUUUUGUGUUACAAAUAUAAAUAAGACAAACAAAUACAUUUCAAUGAUUGCAAUCAAAACAGUUUUCUUAAUAUAUUUGGUUAUAGUACAUAAAAAUGUAACUUAUUUCGUCAGUGCUAAAUUACAUCAUCAGUAUUGACGAGAAAAUUUACGUGUUCUUUAAAAUUAAACUAUCAUCACAAGCUUCAGGUAUAUUGCGACCAUUUCAAUCUCAGAUUUAUUACAAUCAAGUUAAAAGAUUUCAGAUUGUUCAUUUUUUGAUGAUUUUUCUUUGACUAACUAUUAUUUGUCAAUUCAAUUUUACAAAAUGAUGAGUUUUUUUAUUAAAAUAGCUGAUUUAUAAACUUAAUUGUAUAAAACGAGAUUAUUCACCUAUAUGAACUAAAAGAAAAUUUGUAUUAUACCUAAAAAUUCUACGUAGAAUUAUUAGCAACAUAAUAAUAAUUACGAAUUUUCAUUUUUCUGUUUUACGUCCUGUUUUACUAUAAACAAAUAUUAUAUAGAAUACAUAUAUUCAACUUUUAAGAUGGCUCUUGUAAUGUUUUUGUUGCAAUUUGAGGCUGACAUUUCUUAAAAUAUGAUGCAUUACUUUUUUGGUGUGAGUGGCUGUGAAAAAAAAACAAAAAAUACGUUACUUUGGGUUGUGUAUAAUAUGUAAACAAAUAGCGAUUAGAGAGCGAUUUUUGUAUUAAAAAAAAAAAGAGCAACCUGAAGAGUCCAUAAAUUUUGCUCAACAUCACAACCACGAUAAUAUAUAUUUUUAUAGAAAAGUGUAUGAGGAGUUUUUAGAAUAACAUAUAUAAUGAAUAACUUUAACAGACAGAUGCCGAAAGUUGUUAGUUUCAAUAGUGAUGAAAGCUUUUUAUAGAAAUCAUUUUAUAAUUACAUUCAAACUUCCAUCUCGUUUAUAAAUCGUUAGUAACACAUUUGAAAAUUGUUAUUUUGUCUAUUAUAUCUAUAUUUUACUAUGACAUAAUUUAUAAUACAGAAUACUAUCUACUCAACAUUAUAAUGGAAGAUAAAUUUAUUUAUUCAUUGAGUAAACAUAAUUUUAUUUCAUUACAAAUUUGUAUAAUAUGAAAAAAUAUAUUUGCUUUUAUAUAUUAUCAUAAAAUCCUUGUACUGCAUAGACAAAUUUAAAAUUCGAUUCAAAUCGAUUCAACUUCGAAUGAAAGGAUUGUUGAAUAAGAUUAAAUAAUAAUGUUAUAUACUUGAUCCUUUCUCUUCUUUUCUUCUUUAAUAAUUUUCAAUACACAUAUUUGAAGAGUCCAUUAUUGGAUGGACAAAAGCUCUACUACAAAAUAUUCCAGCUUUACUUCUCUUUUUUUUCCGGUAGAUUUCCAAUUGGGUCUCUAUCCAUUCAAUUGAUACGUUUUUUUAGAAAUCUCUUCUGUCGGGUCCACGUGCACAAUAUCUAGCAAAAAAUGUGCUAAAAUUUGUGUUCGAUGGUAUAUAUCGUGAAAGCAUCUCGAGUCUUGUUCUUUAACUGAAACCAGAUUCUAAUUCGAUUGUAGAAUGUUCUAUCAAAAACGAAGAUUUGGCAUCCGAUUGCAAAAAAAAUAUAUUUUUAAAGGUUAUAACCUAUUUUUAUGUUUUUCAAACAGCUUGAUUGAGAAACAAAUUCCAUUUACUUAAUGUUCUAUUCAGAUUAAUAUGUAUUCAAGUUUAAAUUUAAUCACAGUCACAUUGUUAUUUUAAAAAUCCGUAAACUCAAAUCCACGUAUCUACAUUGGUUUCAAAUGUUUCCAUCUCUGAUUUUAACAUUAAAUGUUUUUCUCUAGAGUCCUUAUUCUACCAACUUUUCAUCACUUUUCAACAUUUAUCAGUGUUUUAUUCACUUAGUUUUAUUGGAAUAUUUAGCAAAAAAUAUGUUUAAAUUAGUGUUUUAGAGUUUUUAUUGUGAAUGGAUCUGGAGUAUCUCUAAAUUUAGUCACAGUCACAUUCCUAUUUUGAAAAUCGUCGCCGUAAAAUCAAAACAUCGUAAAAAUGCAAUUUUGGAGCAACAAAAAAUUAUAUAAUUUAAAGUUUAUUAGAAACUUGACAUUGAUAUUCUUUUGAUUUAUUAAUUAACUAAAUUUUUUGAUAAUCAAUGAGUAUUAGAAAACAUUUAUAUCAGAUUUACCAAAGAGAUAUGGGAUAAGAGGUUAUAAAAUUGAAAAUUUUAAUGAUAACUGAUGAACGAGUGAAUGAAAGUAUUGAAAUGCAUGGGAAUAAUGAUGAAAAUAUUUUUAUUUUCUAUAAAUACAACAAAAACAGUAUGUUAAACCAGUUGAAUGAAGUUAGUAAACAAAGGCGUCAUGAAAUCCGUAUGGUAAUUAACUGCUUUCAGGAAUUGUAAGCAAUGCUCCUUCAUAUAUCUCUAUUGCAGUGUGAAAGUGGUUUCCAGUCUAUCAAAAUAUACUUUGUUCUGAAUAGGACAAUAAAAUCCUUAACAGUAGAGUUUUCAACUUUUUUACCAGAACGGAUAGACGACUAGGGAUUUAUUAUAGAAUAAUAUUUUAAAAAAUCCAUUAUUGACGUAUUUAACCUGAUACUGACUUUUUUAGUCGAGUUUGAUGGUGAAUAGAUAUCGCGCCGAUCGAUAGUUGAAUGGACAUUAUCCAUUCUAUCUGAAAUUGUCCACUAACCAAGAACUUUUAAAUAGUUACAGUCUGGUUGAUAAUGGCAAAGUCUAGAAGAAUGUUUGAUAUUGUAACUUUUGGCUUCUACAUCGAUUAUUGUAAAGAAUUAUGUGUUUUCAGGUACCAUCCUCAAUCUCCCUCUGAAAAUAAGGAAUUGAACAUUAGGCAAAACAGUUAUCAUCCAUUCCUAGUUCUCCUUCGUGCCAUACGUAACAAAUUAAUUAAAUGACGAACCAGUUUUUGUUUGUUGUAGGUUGCACUUGAGGUACCAGUUGUACAGCUUGAACAUUUUUAUUGAAGCAUUUCCAAUGGCUCUCGACUUGUCUGUUUCUCGGCUUUCUUUCGAACAUAAAUCAUUUCAUUGAACGUCCUUGCUUACAAAAGUAACAUUAGUUUAUUGUUUUAUGAAAUAAGUCAAUGUUCAACUUUCUCAUUUGUGAUAGAAAAACGUUUAUAGAGGUAACAAGCAUGACUUUAUUAUGUAUGUAGUUGGUACACUUUCGAUUACGAGUUGAAGACCGCCUGUAAAAGCGUUUUGUGUGCGGAAGAACGGCAGUAAUGCGAGGAAAGCAUUAAAAAAAUUCAACAAUUAACUUCUACUUACACAAUAAUCUUUUUUUUGGUUCCGAAUACGAGUUGAAGACCGUCUGGAAAAACAUUGUGCCUGCGGAAGAACGCUAGUAAUUAUUCAACAAUCUUGCUCCUACUUCCAAUGUUUAUAAUUUUUACCUUAGAAGUAAAACGUUCAAACGACUACGCAAUACUUGAAAUACCACACUCCACCAAAACGUGGUACGAGUUUUUUACAUUUUCGCUAAGUUGCAAGUAAUUUCUAUAACGAAAUUUUGCUGAAUCAUCAUCAGUAUAAACGAUUUUGUCAUGUAUGCGUUAUAAAAGUUUCAAUAGAUGUCGAUACUAACUAAAAACCGGCAAUACGAGAUUUUGAUUUUACUGCGAUAUCCAAACACUCUUAUCAUUUUUGUAGAAGAUUUUUUAACUACCACCUUUAGUAUAAGUCCACUAUCGUCCAAACCAAACUUUAUGUUUUUCUUUAUCUCGACCUUUUAAUACUUAUAACCAAUCCACCAUAUCAUAAGGUAAUUAAAAGAAAAAAUAGAUUUUAUGAUUGAUUCAAGGUACCAUUUUACUAUGCAUAUUUUGUAAUCAGUUCGAUCAAUUCGAGGUUAAUUGAAUCACGGAAUCUAAAUUGCGUUUCAAGUUUAUUAUUUGUUUACAACAAUUUUAAAACAAAAAAUAUGUUACUAACUAACUAUAAGAAGAAAUGCCAGUCACUAAUGAUAUUGUUAUUCUAAAAAACUUGAACUUGCUCCGAUUUUAAAUUUAUGUUCACUAAUGACAUAUUUAUCGUUAUUUACUUGUCCUUCUUUAAUUGCUUCUGAAGAAGUUGGACAAAAUUAUUUAAACACUUUGUGUGUGCUUUAUAUAAACUAGUUGUCAUCUUGAAUCUAAUAGUAUUUCAAAUUUUAUCAAUGUAUUGGUGUAGACUAGUGCAUAAUAUUAAAAAUAAUGGAGUUAGUUAGGCAUUAGAUGUUUGACUAUAUCUGUGAGAAAAAAAUUUUAAUUGUAAAUUUGUUAAUAUUUAACUUUUUUAUGGUUUGGAAUUUUUAUUUCAUGAAACUUGGAGUGUAUGUAGAAUAAUAAUCCUAGAUUAAGGAAUAUAAUUGUUUUUCAAACGAUAAUAUGUUGCUUUAAAUUUUAUAAAUUGCUUUGAAAAUUGUCAAAACACAAAACAUAUAUUUUUAAAAAAAUUUUGUGUUUUAGAGUUAGGAUAUGUAGUAUUUAACAUAGUUAAUGUUAUUUUACGUUAUAUUUAUAUUCAUAACACAUAUCAAUAGUUACUUGAAAGAAAUUAAAAAAAAGAUCUGCAAAAAAAUGACUGCAAGUACCUAUGCAUAUUUAACAUAACAUGUAUAGACAUAUUAUUAAUAUAGUAAAAUGAGAUUCAAGAUGAUAAUAUUAAACAGAGAAGUAAAAACGUCACAUAUAAUAUAAAUUAGAAAAAUCUUAAGCUAGAAGUUAAAUUUUGCUUUAAAAUUCAAGAGUUUCAUCUUGUAGUUGUAGAACGUUGAGAUAAAAACUUAAUAAUACUAGAUGUUAUUUGAAAGUUUAAAGUAAAAUUCCUUGAAAUGUAUGCAAUUUUUCGCUUUAGAUUUUUAAGUUUUAUAUGUAUGUUCACUUCUUUGUAAUCUUUAAUUCUUUUAAAUAAAUAUUAUAACUUUUUGAUACACUUUGUUAAUUUAGCAAAAUAAUAAUUGAUAACCGUCAAUUUUUCGGAUUUGCAAUUUUAAACACGUGUCUAUUAAAAUUUUAAAAUAACAUAGAGCAUCAGAAAGUUAAACUCCAAAGUAUGUGAAUUUUUAGUAUGUUUUUUUAUGAACGGAAUCAUUUUUUAAGUUUGAAGUUACCAAUAAUUCUAUAUAUACAGUGAGCGAAAGAAAUUGUCAAAGAAAAAAAAAUAUUUUGCUUCCAAAACAUUAUAAAUGAAAAGUAUAACUGAUGCAUAUGUAGGUGCAGUAAUAGAAAAAUAAUUUUUUGUAUUAUGUCCAUAAUACAUUGUAGUCGAUUCCAUAAUGAAAUAAAAAUUUGAAUACUAUUUAUACCUUCAAAGUGAAUUUGAGAUUUCAGAGAUUACUUUAUCCAAAAACCAGGACUGAAAAAUAGUUGGGUUUGCAACAACUAUAUAUAAUCUUCUAUGCAUAUUUAUAUACAAAUAAGCGAAAAAGGAAGAACGAUAUUAACAGCAUCUCAUAAAAAAAUGAUGGUAAAUGACUUUUAUUGACAUUUUUUUAGUUAUUGUUAAAUACGAACCACAAAGGAUCUAAAAGAUUUACCCAAACUUCAGAAAACAAUCAAUUGAGCAAAAUUUAACUAUUGCUGUGAAACAUUUUCUUCUUUUCUCUAUUCCCGAGUUUUCCCAGAUCACCAUUAAUGCUCCUUUGCAUUUCUUUUUCUUUGAUGUUCCUGUUCCAUCUUUUUCAGAUUGAAUUAUAUUAGAUACGAUUAGGUUCAUUCUCUAUAUUGUUUUUUCUCUAUAAAUUUGUCUGAUACUCUUUUGUUUUUUGUGUAGAGUCCUCUUCUAUAAUAUCACCAUGGAUCUUAUUACUGGUUUGUGUAUUGUUUUCUUGUUAUUCUUAAAAAUCACUAUAAUUUUAUUUACGUGUGAUAAGGUAUAUGUCUAUUCUCAAAUACAUCCCUUAUUGUUAUGUAAAUAUCAAUUACCAGGUCUGAUAUAUUUUAUUUUUCUCUUUAAUAUCGUUUCUGUGUAUUUCUCGCAUUUUUACUCAUAAAUAUCCUCUAAAACAGGGAUUCUGAACUAUUUUGGUAAUAAAAAACCUUUUUCAAAAUUAUUUAAUGUCGUAGACUCCCGUAGACUAAUCACUUUAAAACUACCAUCUCAAGAUUUUUUCUAUCGAUACAACAUACUCACCAAUUCCAAAAAGUUUCUUUUGGUUCAGUGAAUAAACUUAUCAUCCAAUCUCAAAAUCAGUUUUCGUUUAUGUCGACCUCUGGAAAACCGAUUACGACCCCAAGUAUUCGAUAUCGACUACUAUGGAAAUCCCUACUGUAAAACAAAUUUAUCAAAGUGCCAUGUUUACUUUACUAGAUCAAAGAGCUUUAGGGACAACUCAAAAUUCAUGAAAUUGUUUAUCGGUCUCCGUUUUUAUUGUGUCAUACUCUUCCUCGGUAUCGAUAAACAACAAAUAUUAUCAGAUAUAAGCUUGUUGUGGAAUUUAUUUCAUCAUCUUCUACUUACUCCCUUCCUAAAAGGUUCUGUGUUUUCUUCUUACAAAUCUUUCUUGUUCUUAUCGUGUAUUGAUUCAAAUUGAAAGCUGAUGAUUUUUUACUCGUAUGGUUCCUAAAGAACAAGUCGCCAAAUUAGGUCUAUUUGUUUUCUAAGUAUCUGGGGGUAUAACACAAGAUCUUAUUAAAAAGUUCAUCUUUUUUGAUAGUUUUUAAUCGUUUUAAAAUGUUUCUUAAACUAAUUUAGUUGCCAUGUUUAAUUAAAUGCUAUCUUGUUAAGUCCUCUUUAAGCUUGAGGUGGGGUUAUUAUUAAUUAUCUUUUUAUAUUUACCAUUUUUGUCCCUUUUAUUUGCAUAGUUUACCUGAUAUUUUAUUAUUUUUUGGAUGUUCUCUGAUUAAUUACGAAAAAAAUUAUUUAUUCAUUCAUUUCUCGUAAAUUGUUCGUUCUUUAUUAUAUCUCUAUUCUCAUUUCAUAAUUGUUUUAAGGAAAUGUUAAUUGUUUUUAUCGGUAUCAUGCUCAAAUUUGAUGAUCACAACUCGUGAAUGAGAAUUAUCAAUUUUUGGUUCGGUUCUAUUUAAAGUACAAUAAAGUAAACUAGAAAAUAUCUAAAUUGGGGGUUUCGACAACAAAUCAUUCUUUUACUACACAUACAUAGGUUAAACACGUGUAGCAUCUUUAUAAAAUAACGCAUUCUAUGGUAUUACAAUUAUACAGUGUAACUGAUUAGUUUAAUUAUUUUUUAUGGGAUACCUACUGUGUAUGUUUGAUAUCUAAUCGAAAAAGAAAUGUUUGUUAGGAUUUUUUUGUAUUUUAUUAAGAGGCCUUCAGGUUGCGAAAUGACAUUUGUAAAAAAAAAUUUUACUGGACAUCGCCCAAUCGCAAUAAGUAUUAAUGAAUAGAAAAAUAAAAUUCCAUAUAUUUCUAUAUGCCCAGUGUAAAUAACCUCAUUAGUUUUCCCAAUCGAUUAAAAUUCACGAUUAGGAAAUCGGAGGGUUACUCAUUAUAUAUUCUAUAUAUUUUGAGAUAUAAUAUAGUCAUUUAAACUUAUAUAGCUAGGUCGGAAACCUUGGUCGUGUAAUUUUAGUAUAAAAUUAAAAUUAAUACUCGAAUCAGACGGAGUUGUAGAUCCAACUAAGAUUAUAAUUUAUUUGUUAAAAAAAAACGGUACCAAUCUAAUAUAAACAGUUAUUUUUCAGAAAAAUAUUACUAAGUAGACAUCAUGCGUUUCCUCUAUACUCAUAAUUGUUUUUACUAUCUCGAUAAAAGUUUACAGAAAUUGUUGUUUAAUUAAGUGAUGUAUUAAAAACUUUUCGUGACGUACUGCCCUUAAAUUGAUUUAUUUUUUUAUAUAUUCUAAUUUCAUUCAUUUGAAAAUUAUUCUCCGUACGAUUGGUUCCAAUUUUUUUAAAAUGUCUUUGAGAUAUGUGGUGUGGUACUAAAAUAAAAUAUGUAGUAAGUAACAUAUCAAAUUCGAAUAUUCAUACGGAAAAUUAAAUGUUACUUUUUUCUUUUUUUCUAAUUGAGUUACCUAGUAGUAAAUUUUCUGUGUCUUAAUCAUGUUUUUCUCACGUUUUCAAUUCGAUUCAAGAAAUUUGAGAAUCGUUAAUUGUAUCUUCGUCUCUUACGAUUUCCGCACUGGAUAUUUUUGACUCGCAAGUGCAUUUUCUAUUCAUAUUAUAUCAGAGCUCAUGUGUUAAAGUUGAAGUACCUUGUUUUACUUUGGUUUUUACUACCAACUUUUAGCUAUCCUUUCCCAUUAACGUUUUGACAGAGUUGAUUAGACAGGAAUUUCUAAAGAAGAUAAAUUAUUAAAAUCCUGUCUGGAUUUUCGCUGUUAUUCGUUGAAUUAAUAAGAAA